UCGCAUAUUUGUCGGGGAUAGGAGGAAAUUUCAGCGAGCUGUGGCAUUGAACUGAGUAAACCCUGCAAUUGUUGAGAUCUGACAAACAACGUGGUCUAGAUCGAAACAAAGUUUUUCCAAUACCUGUACAUCGAAAAAUCGUUGUUGCCGUUAAAAGACAUAGAGCAAUGGAUGCUUUGAGGAAGCAAGCCAGUAAACUGAGAGAACAAGUCGCCAAACAACAACAGGCUGUAAUCAAACAAUUCAGUGCGAGCGGCUAUGAAAGCUCGGAGGUUAUGGUUAUUGAUGAGAUUGAGAUGCAAACGCAUCAACAGUUGGAGAAAUUGUACCGGUCUACUCGCUCUGGAAGGGAUUUUCAGAAAGAUCUUGUUAAAGCAGCUGAAGCAUUCAGUGCUGUAGGGUAUAAACACAUAGAAGCCGGAACAAAGUUAUCAGAAGAUUGUUCCAAAUAUGGGGUUGAAAAUGCCCAUGAUCAGAUUCUAUCUAAAGCUGCGGCCAUAUACGGUGAGGCACGUAAACAUGUGGAGAAGGAACAAGAAGAUCUGAACAAACAGUUGUUUAACCAGGUGUUAGAACCCCUGAGGGCAAUGAUGGGUGGUUCUCCUCUCGAAGAUGCUCGUCAUCUUGCUCAACGUUACAGUAAAAUGAGACAAGACGCAGAGGCACAGGCAGUAGAAAUUUCUAGAAGACAAGCACGGGUAAGGGAAUCGCCUAUACCAGAAAAUGUAGCAAAGCUGCAUGCAGCAGAAUCUAGAAUGCACGAACUGAAAGCCAACAUGGCAGUACUUGGUAAAGAAGCAGCGGCUGCAUUGGCUGCUGUAGAAUCACAGCAGCAGAGGCUUACAUUUCAGAGACUCGUUGCUAUGGUUGAAGGUGAAAGGAUAUAUCAUGAGAGAGUAGCUACCAUUCUUGGUAAUAUUGAAGCUGAGAUUGUCUCGGACAAACAACGGAAGGAGGCUGCUCCACCCGUAACUCCUCUCAAUCACUCUUCGGAGAAGACGAAGUACUUUCUCGCUGAGGCAACGCAUCCUUUUGAUGCUGCAUCAGAGAAGGAACUGAGCUUGGCAGUAGGAGAUUAUAUCGUUGUUCGUAAGGUGAAUCCGUCCGGAUGGUCGGAAGGAGAAUGCAAAGGCCGAGCAGGUUGGUUCCCAACUGCAUAUGUCGAGAAACGCCAAAGAAUUCCCACAAAUUAUACAGCUGCUGAUGUCUAUUGAACCAUGCCCUCGUGCUCGGCCGGUGCUCAAUAUUUCAAAUAUUCCAAAUCUUUUUCAAUUUGUUUGGCAGUUCACCCUCUCAUUUAAAAAUGCACUUAUACAAAUGUAUAUUAUGAGAUUGAUAUGUUGGUUCAGUUCUGCAAUGUAUUUGAGAACACGUUUAAAUCCAUGGUUUCCUUUGUGGUAUUGGCAUAA